AUGUCCUGGACGCAAAAGCAAUUCACACUGCCCGCAAAGUCACGAGGCAGCUACCUCAUCACCGACACCGUGUACGAAAAAGUGCCAGAGAUCAAAGAGUACAAAGUCGGUAUAUUGCAAUUGUUCGUGCAGCACACCAGUUGCGCGUUGAGUUUGAACGAGAAUUACGACGAGGAUGUCCGCGCCGACAUGUCCGACGCCCUCGAUCGCAUCGCCCCGGAAGACCGCAAAGGGAACUUGUACCGCCAUGCCGACGAAGGACUGGAUGAUAUGCCCGCACACAUCAAAUCAGCCCUCAUUGGAGCCAGUGUGAGCGUACCCAUCACAAACGGAAAACUGAACACGGGGACUUGGCAAGGCGUGUGGUUUUUGGAGUUUAGGGCUAGCAAGCACCAGAGGAAGAUUGUUGCUACCAUUCAGGGCGAGAAGAUGAAGUAG